AUGGCCCCAACAACGCCAGCCGACAAUGGCGCCUCCCAGAACACCGCGCUCGUAAACAAGCCAGAUACCAAACUCCCACCAAUACCCAAUGGAUCCCGCAUCGUCAAACGUCCUCUCCCAGGCCCCUCUCCCUCCGCCUACCCACGCGCACGUCCACACACCCAACCCCAACCCCAAUCCCACCGACAACCCCCAAACAAACCCACAACAACAACAACAACAACAACAAAACCACCCACCACCGCAACCCUUCCCGCCUUACUCGCCACCGCCGACAGCGACGGCUACAUCCCCCCACCACGCGCCGCCCACACCGCUGUUCUGAAAGUCUCCUCCAGCGCCAGUUUCAUGAGUCUUGUCCGGCGAGCACGGAAAAUACUAGAUCGCCGGGCGACUGCUAUGACGAUGGGGUCGGGGCGAACCGGAGGGGCGAAGGGGUUACCGUCGCUUGCGGCGCGGGUUGCUGCGUUGGGGGGGAGUAAUGCUGCGAAUGGGAGUGGGAAUGGGGGUGGGCAUUCGGGGUUUGUCACGGAUGGGUUGGACGACGUGUUAUUUGUGGCGACGGGAAGGGCGAUUGAGAAGGCGGUGGAGUUGGCAUGUUUUUUUCAGAGGGAACGGGAGCUGAUUGUGCUGAUGAGGACACGGUCGGUGAAAGCUGUGGAUGAUGUGGUGGCGGCGGAUGAGGAGGCGGAUGUGGAGGAUGGGGUGAGGGUAAGGAAUCUCAGCUCUUUGGAAGUGGGCAUACGUUGGGCAUCUUGA